CCCAUACCUACAGUCUAUGCGCGUAAGCCGUGCGCCAAACGGGACGCGGGCGGCGGUAAUUUCAUCUGCGUUUGUAACGCCACGUAUUGCGAUGACUUGGAUCCGCUCAAAAAGACACCCAAAGGUGUGGUCACUGUAUUCGAGACCAGCCGUGACGGGGACCGACUCCAGGAGUCUCAGCUCAAGUUUGGCCAAAACACGGUCUCCAACGCUAACGUCAAGCAGACAAUCACUUUGGAUCCCAACAAUAAGGCCCAGAAGAUCAUAGGUAUCGGCGCGUCGAUGACCGACAGCACCGGCUUUAACAUCAAAAGUCUGCCGCAAUCAAUGCAGGAUCAGGUGAUUAGAGACCACUUCUCCGAAAAUGGUUUGGAGUAUAACAUACUUCGGGUGCCGAUCGGCGGCACAGACUUCUCCACACAUAAGUACAGUCUGGACGACGACCAUAACGACGACUUUAAUCUCGAUCACUUUGGCCUCACCGAUGAUGACCACCAGUAUAAGAUCCCGUACCUGAAGGCGGCCCGCAAAGUGAGUCCACGUAAAGUGAAUCUAGUGGGCAGUCCGUGGGCGGCACCGGCCUGGAUGAAAAACAACAGCGACAUUAUUCAUGGCGGUUAUCUGAAGGGAAACCCCGGCGGACAGUACUAUAAGACAUUCGCCAAAUACUUUGUCAAAUUCCUGGACGCGUACAAAGCAGAGGGACUGGACUACUGGGGCCUAACCAUCGAGAACGAGCCGGGAGCUGGCAAUAACCCUAACUAUGACUUCAACUGCAUGGGCUUUAACCCUGAGCUGCAGCGGGACUUUAUUAAGUCAGAUCUCGGCCCAGCGCUACAACAGGCCGGCUAUGGGGCCGACAAAUUGAAAGUGAUGAUUUUCGAUGACCAACGCGACCAGAUAUACCACUGGGCGUCCACCAUAUUGUCGGACAAAGACGCGGCCAAAUACGUGGGCGGCACAGCUGUGCACUGGUAUCAGGACCACGAGGACAAUGUAAAUGAGUUGCACAAAACGCACGAUGUGGACCCCAGCAAAUUCAUCAUGAACACCGAGUCCAGCUACUGUUGCAACGUUCUCGGCUCGUGGGAACAAUCCAAGGCCUACUCCAGGGACAUCAUC